CAACAUUGACAAUCGUCAAUGCUAUUUUGCGCUGGUGUGAUAAUUCAGGAAACUAUUCUGAAUUUAUUCACGAUUAUUUCAUAAAAAUGUUCAUUUUCAAAAAUAAAAAUAAUUAAACAAAGUAAAUUAGAGUGCCUUUCUUUUGGGUCGGCGAUGUGUGGUCGCUGGACAUUGCCAUGAGCGUUUUAAAUAAUCAGUCGUAAAUUAUAUUAUUGUUUUGAAUCUGAUCCAGGAUGGUGUUCGAAUCCAUUGUGGUGGACGUUCUGAACAGGUUCCUUGGGGAUUAUGUGGAAAAUUUGAAUCGGUCCCAGUUGAAACUGGGAAUAUGGGGUGGCGAUGUGGUGCUGGAAAAUUUGAAGUUAAAGCAGAAUGCCCUGGAGGAGUUAAACAUCCCGGUUCAGACUGUCUAUGGACACUUGGGAAAACUCGUUCUCAAAAUACCAUGGAAGAACAUAUACGGCGCGUCGGUGGAGGCGUCCAUCGAACGCCUUUUCCUCAUCGUGAACCCUUCGGCUGAGGUGGUGUAUGACCCUGAGAAAGAGGAGAAACUAGCGCUGGCAGCGAAACAGGCCGAGCUGGUGAGGGUUGAGGAGGCUAAGAAGAAAGAAGCUGAGAAAGAUCAAAACAAACUCGACGAGACGUUCGUCGAGAAGCUAGUAACACAAAUCAUAAAGAACGUCCAACUCAACAUAAAGGACAUCCACAUCCGCUACGAGGACAGCAUCACGAACCCGAAGGCGCCCUUUUCCUUCGGCAUCACACUACACAACCUCUCAGUGCACACGACUGACGAGAACUGGAAACAGACGGUUAUACAGGACGCUGUCACUAAGAUUUUUAAGAUAUUAAAUUUAGACGGUCUGGCAAUAUACUGGAAUCCGGCGACAGAGCUGUACUCGAAACACGCAGAAGAAUCCAUCAGGGACAGGCUGGAGAAAGAGAUCGCGACCAAGUCUUCACAACCUACGUUUUAUAGAUAUGCGCUUGGCCCAAUCAAUGCCACAGCAAAACUAAAACUAAAUCCAAAGCCAGAGGCCGACACACCUAAGUUUAGUUUACCCAAAGUCAUAUUAACGCUGCACAUGGAGCAACUAUCAGUCAACUUGAACAAGAAGCAGUACCAAGACAUGAUGUUACUCGCUGACUCUAUGGACAGGAUGAAUAAAGGAGCUCCGUACAGAAAAUACCGUCCAAACCUCCGCUCAUACCGCGGCCACUACAAGGAGUGGUGGCAUUUCGCGUACAAGUGUAUUUUGGAAGAGGAAGUGCGCCGCAGAAGGAGGAACUGGGACUGGACGCACAUGUUGACACACAGGAAUCUUUGCAAGGACUAUGCGAAGGCGUACCAGUGUAAACUGAGUAACAAAGGCAAGGCGACCCAGGAGCAACAGUGUCUUCUAGACGAGGCCGAGAAGAAAUUAGACUUGCUCAACUUGGUCGUUAUUCGUCAAAGGAUUGAGAUGGAAGUGGAGCGGCUGGGCAAGCUAGAGGAGGAGGCGCGCAAGAGCCGCGGCUGGUUCAGCGGCUGGUGGGGCGCCGCCCGCGACGACGAGCUCGCCGAGGGCACCGCCAUCAUGAAACAAUUCCAAAACGCGAUGACACCCGAGGAGAAGGCGAAGCUCUUCCGUGCCAUAGACUACCAGGAGAACAGCGCACCACUGCACCUGCCCACCGAAUACGUGGCUGUUGAGAUGUGCUUCCGUCUGGACAGGUGUCAGGUGGCUGUGGACGAUGAUAAGGAAGUGCUGAAGGCUUGCGUGGACAACGUUGUGGUUGAGAUGGGGCAGAGACCGAGCGCCAAUGCGAUCAGGGUGGACGUGCAAAUGCAAGCAUUCACGGUGACCGGCGUACAACAAGGGGAGUACACACCACAACUGGUUACGUCAAAGGAGGUCACUAGCGACGUCAACCUGCUCAAUGUCACGUUCGAGACCAAACCUUUGGAUGGCAAAUGCGACCAGAGGGUGCGAGUGUCAGCGCGGCCGCUGCAAAUAAUUUACGACGCGCAAACUGUCAUCGAGAUAGUCAACGUCUUCAAACCAGAAACAGAGUCCUCAGCUUUGACUACUUUACAAGCGGUCGCCGAAAACAAAAUGGCCGACCUCAAGGAGAAAUCCGCGCUGGGUAUGCAGCACGCCGUGCACCAACACACCUUCAUCGACCUCGAUAUCGAUAUCGCGGCUUCGUACAUUGUUGUGUCGCAGACUGGGAAGUUUAAACCAGAGGAGCCGUGUAUAGUAGUGAAACUUGGUGCCAUCAGCAUUAAAUCCGAGCCUCGAGAUGAGACGCUGGACGUGCACAGACUGUACAAGGAGGGUUUGGCUGACGACCAGAUUAUACAGGAGAUUGCUCGCCACAGCUAUGACAAGUUGGAUCUUCAGCUCACUGAAAUGCAGAUCGUAAUAGCGCUACGGAACGAGGACUGGCAGUCAGCUAUAGGCAGCCACGAAGCUACACCCCUGCACCUCUUGCAACCCACGAACCUGGUCAUACAGAUACACAAGUGCCUGAUCACAGACGACCCGAGACUGCCCAAGAUUAGGAUCAGGGGUGAAUUGCAGAAAAUUGCUAUCAGUGCUUCUGAGGAUAGGUUAUUAACGCUUUGUGAAAUAUUAAUAGGCAUGCCUCUGCCUAAAGCAGAGGAAUCUACACAGCUUAAGGCAUCCGAAUCGAAAGGGUCAAGUUUAUCUCUAUUGACGAAAUAUCUAGACCCGGUUGAGAAACAGAAACGUGACACAGCGCGAGCUAAACGGAAAUCGGACGAGCAAUCCGUGCAGUUGACUGAAGUUGAAGCCAUAUUUAUUAUGAAUGAACUUGUCUUAAGCGUGAAUCGCAAGAAAGCAACCAGCGGGAAAUCCUACGACAAAUUCCUAGUUUUCUCCCUCUACAUGUUGGAACUGACCGCCACCCAGAAAACGUUCAUGUUAGAGGCGACUGUAAGACUAGGCGCGGUCGGUAUGCAGCAUCACAGACAAGGCAGGAACAUGAUACAGAUGAUCGACACGCCUGAAGUUACUCAGAAAAACGAGGACAAUACUUGCGAAGGGAUGGCUAGCCAUUCUUUGUUCGCGGUCACGUAUAGCAACGUCGAUAAAAAAUGCCCGGAAUUCAGAAGCCACUACGGAUCAGUGGAGCAACUAAUCGAGUUGGAUUUCGCCACUUUGAGAGUCCUACUCCAUCUCGAAGGCCUACAAGAGAUACUUGUGAUCGUCAACGAAUAUCAGACGCGGUUACAAAAUCUUCAAAGCACCGUUGACCGGGUCGCUAACGCCGGACCAUUGGAGACUAUUGUCGAAGACGAGGAACUUCUGUCUGCAGUAAAAUCGAAAGCCAGUAUCACAAAACAGACGCGUAAAAAGCAAGUGGAGACCAUACAAUUGAAAGUGAACGUUAAGAUCGGGGCAGUAGAGAUUGAAUUCGCAACGGACCGACGUCGCCUGAGCUUAGUUCAGCUGCAGAAGGCGGCUGCUGGUCUAAUUUUGAAGAGCUCGUAUACGCAAGUGGAUUGCGCUAUUGCUGAUAUCAAUGUGCAGGAUUUGAAUCCUGCCACAAUACAUAAAGAUAUACUAAAAGUCCUCGGCGGGGACGUGAUGAACGCCCAAGUGGUGAUGUACAACUUGGAGCAAGGCAAUAACGUCAGCGACGUCAACAUGAGCGUCGACGCGCAGAUCAACUGCCUCAGGAUAGUGUUCCUCAACUGGUUCGUCAAUUCUAUGCUGGAAUUCUUAAACAAUUUCCAAACAGCGCAACAAGCGAUCAUAGAGGCGUCAUCACAAGCCGUCGAGUCGGCCCGCGCCAACGUACAGAACGCCUACGAAAACUCCACCAAACUAUCGUUGAAAAUUCGUCUGGCGGCCCCUAUUAUAGUGGUGCCUGAGAACUCGAAAAGUAAAAAGGCGUUGCUGAUUGAUUUGGGUCGGAUGACGUUGCAAAAUAAGUUCGUUGAUUUGGAAGUUCAGAACGUCAGCAACAAAGUGACUGUAGACGAACUAACGCUGGAAUUAGAAGAUGUCCGUCUUUCCUGCGUCAGGCUAGUGGACGAUAUGACGGCGGUGAAAGACGAGAGGAAGCUGUUGAAACCCACCAGUUUGAAGCUCUUCGUGAAGAGGAGCCUAUCGACCUGGUACGAGCCUCUGCCAGACUUGGACUUAUCAGGGAGACUGAAGACUAUUUCGAUCAAAGUUGGCCACAGCGACUACAGGAGUAUCAUGAAAAUUCUCAACCAGAACCUUCAAGAGGGCCAGAAGACGGAGAUCAAGUCUCACGCCAGUGUCCCAAAGGCGACGACUAAAACUGUGAGGAGUACUAGCAAGCAGGACGCGCGGAAAACCACAACAGCUUCUAUUGAAGCGGUGAAAGAUGUGGAUGUCAAGAAACCGAGGACAACCAUCAAGUUUGCCUUUACCAUGGAUAGUUUUGUCAUUGAUUUGGUGAACACUGCCUCUAAUUCCGCACCAGGAACUGUAAGAGACAUCGAACUAGCGCGCCUGUGCCUAGCACUAUUCUCCGUAAAAGGCCGCAUGUUCUCUGAUAACUCAAUCAAUACAUCGCUACUUCUAGUGGACUGCACUUUAGACGAUACCAGGCCAGAUCGUGGCGAGAAGUUAACCAGGUACUUAGAGCGUCGCCGGGAAUCUGGUGAUAUGAUGUCUGUUGAUACAAAGGAACCCUUAAUGGUAGCCCCAGACAAGAUACGAAGUAUGAUCGACAUCACAUACACUAUGAAAAAUCAGGACACAUACAUCGACAUAAGGGUGUUUAGUUUCAAUCUCAUCCUGGCCAUGGACUUCCUGAACAAAAUAGCGGAUUUCAUGAAAUCAGGAUUAGAGGAGGAGGCUCCUGACGCCUCCUUGAAGGAAACCCCCGAAAACAAGUCCCCGCUCGUCGUGAACAAGCCAGACAAGCCGCCAGAGGUGCACCAGGCAGUAGCGGUGAAAAAGAAACCAACCUCAACCACGACACAACCAGCGGAGCCGCAUCCGCAAAAGCUGUCCAUGAUGACGGUCAACAUAAAGAUAGAGCAACCCGAUAUCAUCCUGGUGGAGUCGCUCGAGCAGAGAACGUGCGAUGCCUUGGUGCUAAAUAUGGAAGCCCGUUUUAAACUGCGCAAGAACGAAGAGCGUAUGGUCGCCGACGGCGGCAUAUCCGGCCUGCAAAUGGUGAUCCGCACUCUCGGCAAGGCUGAGAAGAGCCACCGUUAUCUGCUCGAGCCGGCUAACUUGUCGUUCGCGUUGUCUCAGCCGCCUAACUGCGGCAUGCAUGUCGACGUCGCUAUAUCAAAUAUUAAGAUCACCGUGUCGCCCGAUAUCAUAGCACUAUUAAACCGCGUGAUGGCAACCAUGACCAGCUCAGAGGAAGACGACACGCAGCAGGCUGAUAGGAUCAUUAUGUACUCUCAGCUGUGGGACAUUGCGCCCUUCAAACCGAAUACAUAUUGGUUCUUGAAAACUGAGAUUGCAGAGGAAGCGAUGGACAUGGAAGAAACACAUGAACUGAUAGAAAAAGAACAGCCGCCGACCGACGAGAUUUGUAUGCUGUCCAGUCCGUCUAUCGUGCUCUCGUUGGAGAUGCAGAUCGGUACUGAGACUAUCCCGGUGCUGGUUAUGCAGGCCUCGCUUACUGGCCAAGUCAAGGACUGGAGUUCUGAUUUCUACUUGGAGUCGACAUGGGCCAUGCAAGUGUCGUACUACAACCUUGGGCGCGCCGUAUGGGAGCCGCUGAUAGAACCCGUGGAAGUACUUAAGGACUACUCAUACAAACAUGUGCCGUGGGAACUGAAGAUGGAGGUAGUGAUGCGUCCAGCAGUGGAACAAAGUGUCAUCGACCUCACAGAUGAGGCUGCCAACGUGGCCCUCGUAGCUCAGCGGCAAGCCAACAAGACUGUCACCAUUUCCAGCCAAGAGACGCUUGAAAUCACUGUCACCAGGAGCGGCAUGGAGGUGCUGACUCUCCUUGGAAACUCAUUCUCGGCAGCUAUCGCAGACACCGCCGACCAAAGUGGAAGUGUUUUGUCCAAACUGAAUGAAGAAAAUUCUACCAAAUCGGAGUAUUACGGCGCUCCGUACGUGCUGCACAACUGCACGGGGCUGACGGCCAAACUGCUUUUGGAGGACAACCACGACUUCACCGUGUUCCUUGCUGACGGCAAGAAGGAGUCCGACUAUAGGGAGGUGGUGUUUGAAACCGGCGCCUGCGUCCCGUUGAAGCUGAAGCGAGGCGGACUCAACAUCAUGAAGCUCAAUGAGGCGCCGCCCCCGCUCUCGCUUAGCGUCAGGAUAGUAGAACUAGAGGAGCACGUGCAAGUGCCAGUGGAGCGAGCGGACAAGCGCUACUUCCCCCUCGGGCGCAAGCAGGCCGGCUCCAGCGACCGCAGCGCGCCGCACUUGUUCCUGCACGAGUCGCGCGGCCUCAUCUCCGACGUCGUCAUGCAGGAGGCCGCGCUGCACAUUUACCUGAGGAGCGUGGUCCAGGUGACGAACAACCUAUCAGUCAACGUGUCAGUAUACUACAUGACGCUGAGCGGCAACGAAGUCCGCUUACUGGGCGAAGUGAAGCCAGGCGCCACCUUGCGGCUGCCCCUACAAGCUGUACACACACCCACUGCGGAGAUAUUCUUCUCUGUCGAAGGCUUCACUGUCUCGGUCUCGCCGUUCAUAUGGCGUGAGCUGCAACAGGAAGUCAGAAUAGCGAAGCUGCUACAAUGCGACUCGAAGGACAAGACUAGCGGUGAAAAGUUCUAUCUCAAUGCUAUCGGCACGAUGGAACAAGUAUUCUUCGAGAACACAAACCGCCACACAUUCGCAUCCUCCUGCUACGACAUAGUCCUAAAGCCCGCCGUCAAGAUGCAAAAUUGCCUGCCAGUGGACAUCGUGGUAUCCCAGUUAGGACUUAAUCGCACGCAAAAGUUCGAGCCCGGAGAAAUGUUCCAUCUGUCGCAUCUGUCGCCUAACAAGGCUUCCAUCGUUGUUAUGAUACAAAACUACCUAGACAAAUGCUGGGUGUGCACCAAAAACCUCCCCGACAACGAGACGGAGCUCUCCGUGUGGUCAUUCGAGUCCCACGACAGCCCGGCGGUGAUGACGCUCGACCUCGGCAUGCACAGCGUCGACUCGGAGGGCUCGCAGGUGCUGUCGCUCUACUGCCCCUUCUGGAUGCUCAAUAAGACGGGGCUCACCUUGUGCUAUAGGAAAUCAAAGAAAGCAGAAAAAGAGACCAGCACACCCAAUAAGAACGUGGACGAGACGGGCAACGUAAUAUUCCACCCUAAGGAAUACAAGGAGCCGAUUUUGUUCUCGUUCCGAGCCAAGAACUUCUUCGGCAAGAAGAAGGCGGCCAUCAGGAUAGACUUCGGCGAAUGGUCGGAGAAGUUCUCUCUGGACGUGCCCGGGAGCUCUGGAGUUAUUACUUGCCGUCAUGAGGGCAGGUCUUAUCAGGUGGCCGUGACGAAUCAGUUGUCGUUCAACAGUCUGACCAAGAUGGUGAUCUUCACGCCAUACUUCCUUAUCAUUAACGAGGCGGCCUUCGACAUCGAGUAUCAGGAGCUUCACCGUUCUGCUGACCCCUGGAAAGAGGUGGAAAAGAACUCGAGCGCCCCCCUGUGGCCCGUUGUAGAAAAAGAUGAAAAGCUUCUUAUACUGCGCGUGGCCGGCACCAAGGACAUAACCGCACCGUUCCUGUACACUGAGCAACACGGCUCCUGCUUAAAACUUAACAAUCAGUACGGUGGGCUACAUGUGGAAGUGCAGCUCAGCGAAGGCGGUACUUACAUCACGGUCCGUCAGUACCGCGACGGACACGCCCCGGCUUUACUUAUCAACUACUGUCCCUACACCAUCACUGUUUAUGAGAAGGAAAACGUCAAUAGCAAGAAGAUCGGUUCGAUGGAGAAGAUGUUGUACACUUGGGACAACCCGGCCGGGCCGCGCGUGCUGAUCUUCGAGGGACACAACAAGAAGGAGGUCGAGAACGACCUGAGGCAGGACGGCAUCGGCGAGUUCAUGAUCGACAGCCAGCACAGCGUGUGGUGGGUCUCCUUCCUGGACGGCCUACAACGCAUACUUCUCUUUACGGAAGACGCCAUGCUCGCGAGCGGCGCGCACACAGUCGGCGAGGCCGAAAUAGUUGACAUGGAGAUCAUCUUCGCGAUCCACGGAGUGGGGCUGUCGCUCGUUAACGACCCGGAGCAUUUGGAGCUCAUCUACAUGACCAUUUCCAAUUCGGGUAUAAUAUGGGAGCAAUGCAAACUGGGCGCGCGCCGCUACAAGAAGAUCGAAGGCGCGAAGCUGCGGCAGUACGAGGAGGCGUAUCAGAAGUAUCUGCUCAACAAGGCGUCCUCUGAACCAUCGUUGGGUGUGUGCUAUGUGGAUGAAAAAAUAGAGGUGAACUUCGAACAGAUGCGAGUCAUUAAGCCGUCCCCGCGCCUGCUGCGGCGGACCGCGGAGCCCGGUCUGUGGGCUUCCAUAGGGAUGACGGCGCAUUCGAGAAGACUGCACGCGCGCCUACACCGUUUACAGAUCGACCAGCAACUGCCGCUGCCCACUUUCCCCGUGACACUGGCGCCCGUGCCGCCUCCACCGUCCGUCGCUACCCAGGACAACAUGGGCAUAAAGCCGUUCAUCGAACUGUCGAUAGUGGAGCGUAUAAUGGAGCACAGCAAGGUCCGGCAGUACAAGUACUACAAGGUGCUGAUACAGGAGUUCCACGUGAAGGUCGACAUGGGCUUGAUCAACGCUCUGCUCGGCAUGUUCCCGCAGCGGCUGCUCACCGAGCAGGAGGCGUUGGAAGCUUUCCAAACGGACCUCGAAAACGCCCGACAGCCCCUAGAAGCGCUGGCGGCGAUCGGCGCCGCAUCCGACAUAAAGAACUUCUACGAUAAUCUCCAUCUGUCUCCGCUGAAAGUGCACGUCUCUUUCUCUCUCGGCGGCGCCACGCAGUUGCCGUCCUUUAUCGGCACGGUGCUGCAGAGUAUAGGCGUCACGCUCACUGACAUGAACGAUGUUGUCUUCAAGCUAUCGUACUACGAGCGCAACUUCGAGUUCCUCUCGCAAAAGGAGCUGAUAUCGCAAGUGUCGAGCCACUACCAAGGGCAGGCGAUCAAACAGCUAUACGUACUGGUUCUGGGCCUGGAUGUGAUUGGCAAUCCGUACGGGCUCGUCGUUGGGCUCAAGAAGGGUGUCGAGGACUUGUUCUAUGAACCCUUCCAGGGCGCCAUCCAAGGUCCGGGCGAGUUCGCCGAGGGCCUGUUCCUGGGCGUGCGCUCGCUGGUGGGGCACACGGUGGGCGGCGCGGCCGGCGCCAUGUCGCGCAUCACCGGCGCCAUGGGCCACGGCCUCGCCGCACUCUCGCUCGAUAAGGAUUACCAACGCCGUCGACGCGACAAUAUAAACAAGCCCCCAGCGAAUCUACAAGAGGGACUCGCAAGAAGUGGAAAAGGUCUAGUCAUGGGCGUGUUCGACGGCGUGACGGGCGUGUUCACGAAGCCGAUAGAGGGCGCGCGCUCCGAGGGCGUCGAGGGAUUCUUCAAGGGCCUCGGUCGUGGUGCCGUUGGUCUCGUCGCGAGGCCCACGGCCGGCGUGGUUGACUUCGCCUCGGGAUCCUUCGACGCUGUUAAGAGGGCGGCUGACUUGUCAGAAGAGGCCACGAAGCGGCGCGCGGCGCGCUACUUGCCGCCCGACACCGGCGUGAGGCCGUACUCGCGCAGCCACGCCGAGGGCUACAAGAUGCUGUCCGAGCUGGAGAAGGGCAAGUUCGUAAGCACGGACUCGUACGAGGCUCACGUGUGGGUGAUCCCCGCCAAGGAGGUGGUGAUGUGCACGGACAAGCGGCUGCUGUACCUUGAGAAGAACGUGGUCUUCGGCGGCUGGCAGAUCCUGUGGACCUACCUCUGGUCGGAGCUACCCGAAGUACCGACAUCCGUCGCGAAGGGAGUGUACAUACCGACUGCGAAGAAAAAGGUGUUGGGCAUGUUCCCGAGCUCCGGUUCCGGCAAAGUGAUAUUUUUAGUCGACGAACAACAGAAGAAAUACUUGCUGGCGCAGUGUGAGAGACUCAUGAGCUCCCGUUGACAUGAAGUAGUAGAAAGGAUGACCCCGACCGAGUGGCUGGGAGAAUUCUUUCUACUUAUCUUUGAUUUCCGCACCGCGAUGCUUGCAGUCGCCUACCACUUUAACCUGCACCACCUCACCCUGAGAGGCUUCCGCUAACUAUCGCUGUGCUUAACUGAACUCUUAUUUCGUAUCGUGUAUAUUUUCAUCUCCACUAUGCGAACUUUGUGAGUGUAUUUUGAUAUAUUUUUCUUACGAUGACGUGUAUAAGAUGUGUAUUGAAAGUGAUUGAAAUCCUGAAAACUUUUUACCAAUAAGUGUAGCCAAAAACUGAAGUAAGUCGUUGAACUUGCUACACGACAUAUUUAUCGCUUCAAGUAUUUAAUCUCAAUUGUCUACUUAACUCAGUUUUGAAUUGUAUGAUUUUGCUUUUUAUUAUGUGCUUACUGCACUCACAUUUAUUCUAUACUAGGUACUCUGCUGAUUUUAGAUAUAUUUGCAUUUAAGCUAUGUUUAAAUUGAGCCGUCUUCCGACAAACUGAAAUAUUUAAGAUAUGUUCAAAAUUGUAUAAGCUGUUUUAAAGUCAGGAACUGUGUUUGAGCUGUGAGCCUGUGAAUAUUGUUUUGUUAACACAUAAAAUUUUAUGGGAUUGUUGUUAUUUUUACCGGUUAAUGGUGUAACUAUCAAAGUUGUAUACAAUGAUGUUUUUAAUUUGAAUCUGUUGAUAUUAUUUUGUUUGAAAUAUUAAAUAAUUAAGUUUAAAUUGUACAACCCUUACCGAAUGUAUUUACUUGGUUUUAUGACACCAUGUUUAUUGAGGCCUAAUAGUACAAACUAAACUCGAAUACACGAGAUAUUGUGAAUGAAUUAAAUACCUUGUCAAACUGUUGCAGUGUACAUAAUAAUUUAAAUGUUCAAUACUACGGCGUUCCAAAUAGCAGUGCCUUAAUAUCAGUGUUUAGAGAUAUUAUUGUCAACGGAAACCGUUUUGUUAAAAAUAGCAUUCAGAAAAAUGCGUUUAUCUACUAGGUGCUAGGAGUCAUAUUACCUAUUUAUGAAGUCAUUAAAUAAUUGUGUUAUUUUGAACCAAUGCUAUUUCCACAUCUAUGUUUUUUUUUUGUAUCAAAUGAUAUAGGUACCUAUCCAGUCUUCUUGUUGGAUGAAAUAUUUACCUCCUCACCACGAUGUUUAAAACGAAGUUAGCCUUGAUUCGGCAGAAGUUAAAUUAUGAUUACUUUUUAGGAUUUUUACUUUAUAAAGCAUUUAUUUGCAUAUUUUUUUAAUGUUGCUCGUGUAUUUUUUGCUAUCUACUUAAUGCACAAUUUGUUACUUUUACUUUAUUUUGUCAAGCUUAUGUACGAUUAUUUCGUAAUAAAUCUAUGAAAUAAUGAA